AAUAUUGGCCUGGCCCGCCAGUCUUGCAUCCGCAGCGCUCAUCCCUUAUUACCGAGCCCCUCUCCGUCACACACGCAGGCGAGGCGUCACCGACCUGGUACUGCGACUUACAGGCACGGUAUUCGUACUCUACCAGCCACAAUGAACACUCGCCCACCUAUCGAGACGGCGCCCUCGACCGUGGUACUUUCCGUGUCGUUCAACAAUGAUGCUAGUUGCUUCUCAGUUGGUCUCAACUCAGGAAUAUGCAUCUUCCAUACCAAGUCUUGCCUUCUCAAGGCAUCCAGAGACUUCAACGCUGGCAUCGGUCUAGUCGAGAUGAUGGGAACCACGAAUUACCUAGCUCUCGUCGGUGGCGGCAGACAACCCAAGUUUAGCAGCACCAAAACCAUUAUCUGGGACGAUAUGAAAGGUAGAGUGGCCAUAGAGAUCGCCUCUCUAACACCAGUGCGGGGCGUCCGGAUCGGUCGAAACCGGAUCGUCGUUGCGCUCCAAAACAGCGUUCGCGUAUACUCGUUUGCAAAGCCUCCCGACCUGCAGUCAGUGUACGAGACCACGGACAACCCUCUCGGCCUUGUUGCCAUGUCAGACAAGACCAUUGCAUUCCCAGGCAGAACGGUUGGCCAGAUCCAGCUCGUCGACAUUGGAACCGGCAACGUCAGCAUCAUCCCCGCUCACUCAUCUGCCCUUCGGGCUAUUCAAGUAAGCCCGGAUGGUGAGCUUCUGGCCACAGCGAGCGAGAUGGGCACUCUCAUCAGAGUCUUUGCCACGAGCAACUGUGCCAGGCUCGCCGAGCUGCGGCGAGGCGUUGAUCCGGCCACCAUUUUCUCCCUCGCCUUCAGCCCCGAGGGCACGAAGCUCGCUUGCACAUCAGACAAGUCGACGCUGCACGUGUUUGACGUCCCGCACCCUAAGAAGCCCAUGACCGCGCCGACCAGCCCGACGGUGUCGCAAAUGGCAGGAUCUGGUAUUCUCGCGGGCAGGCCGGCCGACGAUGGCAAGGGCCGCUGGGGCUUCCUGGGCAAGAUCCCCCUGAUGCCGCGGAUGUUCUCCGACGUGUACUCUUUCUCGUCUGCACCGUUCGAAGCAGGUGAUGACCCCCUGAUCGGCGGCCUGCCCAUGUCAGACCAGACGACCCUUGGAACAACGAGACCACAGAAAGGGGUCAUCGGAUGGAUCACGGAGGACAGUUUGGUGAUUAUUGGCGCCGGACAUGACGCCAGGUGGGAGAAGUUCGUGAUAUCCAAGGGCGAGGACGGACGCCGAUACGUCGUGCGAGAAGGUUGGAAGCGAUACUUGGGCAGCGCUUCAUGA